AUGUCAGACACUUCAAAGGACGACGAGGACAAUUUAAAGGAGAAUGCGAAAAUAUCACUUCCUACAGUUCUUUGUACCGAUUCAGAAACUGAAGUAACUCAAACGAAUAUAAUAUCGGAAUCCAAACUGUCCUUACCUUCGGCCCUAGGGACACCCACUUCUCCCCUUUUAGUUAACAGCCCAUUGUCUUUGCCAAACUCACCGACUCCGUUUACGAAGAUCCAUCAGACACGAUCCAAUAAAUCCUUUCAGAGCCCUGAGCUGACACUGAAGCAGGUUGACAUGAACAAAACAGAUACAGCAUCGGCUACUGGAUUGAGUAAUGGUUUAUUGUGUACAAUGCCUUGCUGUGGUUGUUGGUGGAACGGCAGACAAAGGCAUCGACCUCCUGACUCUGCUGCAGAUCCAAAGACUGCAGAGCGACACACUGUUGUUAAUUCGCCCCAGGCUAUAGUAUUUCGACAUUAUUGGCUUUAUACCUGGGCUAAAAAUUAUUCAUAA